UAAAUUCAAAUUGAUAUAUAAAUAAGUUGAUGAUAACGGAAGAGAUCAUUAGCAGCAAAACUUUAGGUUUCAAACAACAUGAAGUUAAAGUUUUUUAUCGCAGUGGUUGCAGCCAUAGCACCGCUUACACUUUGCCAAGACCUGUUGCAAAAUGGUCAAUCACCCUUCGUGUUGGGACAAAUGAACCAACUUAAUGGUUUCAGUCUAAGUGGCUCCGACAGCCAAGCUCAGGCUCAAGCUCAGGCCCAGUCACAAUCUCAUUCCAACUCCUUCCAGGAGCAAUCAAAUCUUGGUAUUGCUAAUUUCAAUGGCAGUCCAUUGCAAUCAUACCUGAACGCUCUGCAAACUGGUCCAACUGCCAACGGAUCACCCGCAAUUGCUGGAGUUCCUGUUCUUUCCGGACUCGGAAUUCCUGGUGCUGCAUCACCUCUGCCAGCUUACAAUCCUUACACCAACCAGGAUGCUAUCCAAGAGUCUUUGGCUGAAACUAACUUAGCUGCCAAGAUCCGUCAAGGAGCCGUUCAAGUUGUUCCACCAAAUCUAUCACAUCAGGCUGUUCUUCAAUCCAUGCAUGUCCCAGUUCAAGGACGUUAUGGCAACCGAGUGUACGCUACCCAGCCAUUGCCACCAAUGGUCGUCACACAACCUGGCUCGCCAACCAUCCAAAUCAGCAGUGGUCCAGCCGCAGAAGUCAGAGCAGCUCCAGUCAUCUACAGACAACCACCAAGCAUUGUUUACCAAAAUGAGAUCAUCACCAGACAGCCAGCUCCACUUAGUCUAAACCCAGUUUACGUUAAGGUCUACAAACCAGGCAAGCAGGCUGUAGUACCAAAUGUAGGAAGCGUAGGAAACUACGGAAGCAUUGGAGGCAUUGGAAGCUUAGGAAACAUCGCAGGCGUAGGAAACGGACCAGCUGGUACCCCUUGCGGUUGCACCGGAAGCUUCUAAAAUGUUAAAUGUUUUUGCAAGCAUUUUGAAAAAAAAAAAAUUAGGAAAAUUGUAAACAACAAAAUUGAAUGCGUUGCAAAUAAAUUUAGUUUAUAAGACAAAAUCCGAUGUUUAUACAUAUUUAUUUCAAGCUUUAUGCGAGCCAUGUACUGCGGGUGAAUAAAAAGUUUAAGUAUACAUAAAAGAAUAAUUGUUG